AGGUUUUUUUUAAAAAAAAAAUAGAAAGAAAAAUAUAAGGAAAAUGGCGAACAAGGAAGGGCUCACCCUAACUGGGCUUCUGAAGGAGGCCGCGGAGAAAUUCCCCGGCCGGCGCGCCCUCCUCGUCCCCGGCAAGCUCGAUCUCACGCACGCGCAGCUCCACGACCUCGUCGAGUCCGCCGCCGCCGCCAUUGCUGCCGCAGGCGUCCGCCCGGGCGAUGUCGUCGCCCUCACCUUCCCCAACACCGUCGAGUAUGUGAUCAUGUUCCUGGCGGUGAUACGGGCCCGGGCGGUGGCGGCGCCGCUGAACUCGGCGUACACGGCGGAGGAGUUCGAGUUCUACCUCUCCGACUCCGAGUCGACCCUCCUGUUGACAAACGCGGAGGGCAACGCCGCCGCCGAGGCCGCGGCGUCCAAGCUCGGGAUCCCCCGCGCCACCGCCGCGCUCGCCGACGCGGCCGGGCCGGUCCGGCUCUCCCUCCCGGCCCGGUCCGACCCGGAGGCCGCCCUGUUCGGCAACGAGCCCUCCGACGUGGCCCUCUUCCUCCACACCUCGGGCACGACGAGCCGACCCAAGGGGGUCCCGCUCACCCAGCUCAACCUGGCCGCGUCGGUCAGCAACAUCCGGUCCGUGUACCGGCUCAGCGAGUCGGACGCGACCGUGGUGGUGCUCCCGCUCUUCCACGUCCACGGGCUCGUCGCGGCGCUGCUCAGCUCGCUCGCCGCGGGCGGCGCCGCGGCGCUCCCCGUCGCGGGGCGCUUCUCGGCGUCGGCGUUCUGGGGCGAGAUGCGCGCGGCGGGCGCCACGUGGUACACGGCGGUGCCGACGGUCCACCAGAUCCUGCUGGACCGGCACGCGGCGCGGCCGGAGCCGGAGGGGGCUUACCCGCGGCUCCGGUUCGUGCGGAGCUGCAGCGCGUCGCUGGCCCCGGCGGUGCUGGCGCGGCUGGAGGCGGCGCUGGGCGCGCCGGUGCUGGAGGCGUACGCCAUGACGGAGGCGGCGCACCUGAUGACGUCGAACCCGCUGCCCGAGGACGGGGCCCACAAGGCCGGGUCGGUGGGCCGGGCCGUGGGCCAGGAGUUGGCGGUGCUCGACGAGGAGGGGAACCCGCGUCCGCCGCACGCGCCCGGGGAGGUGUGCGUGCGGGGGCCCAACGUGACCGGCGGCUACAAGAACAACCCGGCGGCCAACCGGGAGGCGUUCCGGCACGGGUGGUUCCACACGGGCGACGUGGGCUUCCUCGACGACGACGGGUACCUGCGCCUCGUGGGCCGGAUCAAGGAGCUCAUCAACCGCGGAGGUGAGAAGAUCUCGCCGAUCGAGGUGGACGCGGUGCUGCUGGCGCACCCGAAUAUCGCGCAGGCCGUGGCGUUCGGCGUGCCCGACGAUAAAUACGGCGAGGAGAUAAACUGCGCGGUGAUUCCGAGGGAGGGGGCGGAGAUCGGGGCGGAGGAGGUGGUGAGCUACUGCAGGAAGAAUCUCGCGGCGUUCAAGGUGCCCAAGAAGGUGUACAUCACCGACUCGCUUCCCAAGACUGCCACAGGGAAGAUCCAACGGCGCUUAUUGGCCGAGCACUUCCUAGCUCCCGCCAAAGCCAUCACGGCCGGGGCAUAGAUAUAUGAUAGAACCAGCUUUUAUUGCUCUCUCUAUAUUAAUAAAAAAAAAAAAAUAAAGGUUUCCAGCCAUAUUUUCUAU